AGGAAGUAUCUACGUUUGUUUUAUGGCUUUAUGUAGAUUCAUCAUCCUCUUUAAUUUCCCAGUCUCUCGUCCUCCAUUGCAGGUCCUCUCUAACCCUACUCUAUCCUCAUCCCCAAAUUACCCUCUCAAAUCCAACAAAUUCACGACCCUACCACUCCUCCGUCUCAAUCAUCUUUGUAAUCGCUCAACUGCUUCGUAUUUCUCGUCAUCCUCAUCCAUGGAAGCCCCUCCCGAAGGUUACAGAAGAAACGUCGGCAUUUGUAUCAUCAAUCCUUCCAAAAAGAUUUUUGCUGCUUCGAGGCUCGAUAUACAUGACUCCUGGCAAAUGCCACAGGGUGGUAUUGAUGAAAAUGAAGAUCCAAGAGAUGCAGCUAUCAGGGAAUUAAGAGAAGAAACAGGAAUUACUUCAGCUGAAGAUCUUGCAGAGGUACCAUAUUGGUUGACAUAUGAUUUCCCACCAAAAGUCCGGGAAAAACUUAACCGACAAUGGGGCUCAGACUGGAAGGGUCAAGCACAAAAGUGGAUAAAAUGGUGGUGUUCGCGAGGUGCACUAGAGAAUUUCGUGCAUAAUGUAGGAGCUUUAUUUAUAAUUUUAUGAUCAGAGGAGAGAGAGGGCGAUCGACGCGAUCAAUGCGAGAGCGAGAGCAAGAGACGCGAGCCAGAAAGAAGGCGAGAGAGAGGGACGAGAGAGAGAGAGAGACUUACUGAUGGAGAUCGACAGGCGAGUCAAGAUCGAGGUCAUGGAUGGAGGUCGAUCGCGAUCGUCUGGGGUGUUCGAUCGACUGAUGGAGCUUGGAGCUUCGAUCUUCGACUGGAUUCAUGGAGCUUCGAUCUUCGACAGUGUAUAAAUGCAGGUUCCUAUUUAAAUUCACUGGAAAGGAUGACGAAAUCAACCUUUUGGGUGAUGGGACUGAGAAGGCGGAGUUUGGAGCUUGGUCGUGGAUGUCAUCGGAACAAGUAGUUGACCAUGCAGUGGACUUCAAGAAGCCUGUUUACAGAGAAGUUUUGACAGCUUUUUCCCCGCAUCGUCAAUAAAAUGAUUUGUUCCGAUUGAGAUAACUUGAAAAAAGGCAUGGCAUGGGUAUACAGUUGGGCGAUUGGUGUACUCAAAGUCUUCACCCCAACCAAUUAAGCAAUUUUUUUUCUGUCUUUUUCUUUUUUUAAAGAUGUUUCCACAGUAAUGGUAGUUUUGAUGUGGUUCCGACAAAAAGAUUUUUUUUUUUUUUUUUUCAAUGAGAUGGCAUGAAAUCAAGAUAUUGUAGCUUAUUGGGGAGUCUCAAUUCUGCUGAAAUGAAUGUUUUAAUCAUUUUUAUGACUCAA